GCGGGCGCUCCGUCCCCGUUGCCGCAGUGACAGGACCCGAGCGCUCCCAGGAGCUGGGAAAUGGCGGCGGCAUCGUCGUCGCGUCGCUCUCAGCAGCAGCAGCAGCAGCAUCACCACCAGUCCCAGGCGCCGCCGCUCUCUCCGCCAAGGAGCCCCAGCCUCUCCCCUCAGCAGCCGCAGCGGCCUAGCCUCUCCGGCCCUGAGGGCGAGGCUACUGCGAGCGGCGGCCGCGAAGGGCCGGCGGAGAGGCCUUUCUCCCCAGAGAGCGUCGGAGAGGCCUCUGGGCCUCCUGCGCCUCCGGGUUCCGGAGCCAGCAGCGUCGCCACCAGCAGCACAAGCAGCAGCAGCAGCUCGGGCUCCUCGUCGUCGUCGUCUUCGGCGGCCUCCAGCCCGGCCGCCGCGGAGAGCCCCGACCCGCCCGCGCCUCCUCCCCCUCCGCCGCCGCCCCUGCAGCCGCCCCCUCCGCCCGUGGGCAGCGGGGCCUUCCGGGAGCUUCUCGAGGCCUGCCGGAAUGGGGACGUGACCCGGGUCCGGCGCCUGGUGGAUGCCGCCAACGUCAACGCCAAGGACAUGGCCGGGAGGAAGUCCACCCCGCUGCACUUCGCGGCAGGUUUUGGAAGAAAGGACGUAGUGGAACACUUAUUGCAGACAGGAGCCAACGUCCAUGCUCGUGAUGACGGUGGGCUGAUUCCUCUUCAUAAUGCCUGUUCCUUUGGCCAUGCCGAAGUAGUCAGCCUCCUGCUGUGUCAAGGUGCAGAUCCAAAUGCCAGAGACAACUGGAACUAUACUCCUUUGCAUGAAGCUGCUAUCAAGGGCAAGAUAGAUGUUUGCAUUGUACUGCUGCAACAUGGAGCUGAUCCAAAUAUUCGAAACACAGAUGGAAAAUCAGCAUUGGAUCUUGCAGAUCCUUCGGCAAAAGCUGUACUUACAGGUGAAUACAAGAAGGACGAACUCCUGGAAGCUGCUAGGAGUGGCAAUGAAGAAAAACUGAUGGCUUUGUUGACACCUUUAAAUGUGAACUGCCAUGCAAGCGAUGGGCGAAAAUCUACUCCAUUACAUUUGGCUGCGGGAUAUAACAGAGUUCGGAUAGUUCAGUUGUUGCUUCAGCAUGGUGCUGAUGUCCAUGCCAAGGACAAGGGUGGACUUGUGCCUCUCCACAAUGCAUGCUCCUACGGGCACUAUGAAGUAACAGAACUCCUAUUAAAGCAUGGAGCCUGUGUAAAUGCAAUGGAUCUUUGGCAGUUUACCCCGUUACAUGAAGCUGCCUCUAAGAAUCGUGUGGAAGUUUGCUCUUUGUUACUCAGCCAUGGUGCAGAUCCAACAUUAGUCAACUGUCAUGGCAAGAGUGCUGUAGACAUGGCUCCAACGCCUGAGCUGAAGGAAAGACUUACUUAUGAAUUUAAAGGACAUUCCUUACUACAAGCAGCAAGAGAAGCUGACUUAGCCAAAGUAAAGAAGACACUUGCCUUGGAGGUCAUUAAUUUCAAGCAGCCGCAGUCUCAUGAGACAGCACUGCACUGUGCUGUGGCUUCUCUUCACCCAAAACGGAAACAAGUAACUGAGUUGUUGCUUCGGAAAGGAGCCAAUGUGAAUGAGAAAAAUAAAGACUUCAUGACUCCAUUGCAUGUUGCUGCUGAACGAGCUCACAAUGAUGUUAUGGAAGUUCUCCACAAACAUGGGGCAAAGAUGAAUGCACUAGACACACUUGGGCAAACAGCUCUGCACAGGGCUGCAUUGGGAGGUCACCUGCAAACUUGCCGGCUCCUGCUGAAUUAUGGUUCAGACCCCUCCAUAAUCUCCUUACAAGGUUUUACCGCAGCACAGAUGGGCAAUGAAGCUGUGCAGCAGAUACUGAAUGAGAAUACCCCUGUACACACGUCUGAUGUGGAUUAUAGACUGUUGGAAGCCUCUAAAGCUGGAGAUUUAGAAACUGUGAAGCAACUCUGUAGUCCCCAGAACGUGAAUUGUCGAGACUUGGAGGGGCGUCAUUCAACUCCGCUGCACUUUGCGGCAGGUUAUAACAGAGUGUCAGUAGUGGAGUACUUGCUUCACCAUGGAGCAGAUGUGCAUGCGAAAGAUAAAGGUGGCUUAGUACCCCUGCAUAAUGCCUGUUCAUAUGGACAUUAUGAAGUGGCAGAAUUGUUGGUGAGACAUGGUGCUUCAGUCAAUGUUGCAGAUCUCUGGAAGUUUACUCCACUGCAUGAGGCGGCAGCAAAGGGAAAAUACGAAAUCUGCAAGCUUCUUCUAAAACAUGGAGCAGAUCCAACAAAAAAGAACAGAGAUGGCAAUACACCACUAGACCUGGUGAAGGAGGGAGACACAGAUAUACAGGAUCUUCUGCGAGGUGAUGCUGCUCUACUGGAUGCUGCCAAAAAGGGCUGCCUGGCACGGGUUCAGAAGUUGUGUUCUCCAGAAAACAUCAAUUGUAGAGAUACCCAGGGACGGAAUUCCACCCCGCUUCAUCUCGCUGCUGGUUACAAUAAUCUGGAGGUUGCUGAAUAUCUUUUGGAGCAUGGUGCUGAUGUCAAUGCUCAAGACAAAGGAGGAUUAAUUCCACUGCAUAAUGCAGCAUCCUAUGGGCAUGUAGAUAUAGCAGCUUUGCUGAUUAAAUACAAUACCUGUGUAAAUGCUACAGAUAAAUGGGCAUUUACUCCAUUGCAUGAAGCAGCUCAGAAAGGAAGGACUCAGCUCUGUGCUCUGCUAUUAGCUCAUGGAGCAGAUCCAACAAUGAAGAACCAAGAAGGCCAAACGCCUUUGGAUCUGGCCACAGCUGAUGAUAUCCGAGCGCUGUUGAUUGAUGCAAUGCCUCCAGACGCCUUGCCAACCUGCUUUAAACCUCAAGCUACUGUAGUUAGUGCCUCUGUCAUUUCACCAGCAUCAACUCCUUCCUGUCUGUCUGCUGCCAGUAGCAUAGAUAACCUUGCAGGACCUCUAGCAGAAAUCGCUGUAGGAGGCGCAUCAAAUGCUGGUGACGGAGCAGCAGGAACAGAGAGGAAGGAAGGAGAAGUUGUUGGACUUGACAUGAACAUCAGCCAGUUCCUGAAAAGCCUUGGUCUGGAACAUCUUCGGGACAUCUUUGAAACAGAACAGAUUACCUUAGAUGUAUUGGCAGAUAUGGGACAUGAAGAGCUGAAAGAAAUUGGCAUCAAUGCCUAUGGGCAUCGUCAUAAGUUAAUAAAAGGUGUAGAGAGACUUCUGGGUGGGCAGCAAGGCACCAAUCCAUACUUGACUUUCCACUGUGUCAGCCAGGGAACUAUUCUUAUAGACCUUGCUCCUGAUGACAAAGAGUAUCAGUCUGUGGAAGAAGAGAUGCAAAGCACCAUCAGGGAACACAGAGAUGGUGGUAAUGCUGGGGGGAUCUUCAACAGAUAUAAUGUCAUCAGGAUUCAAAAGGUUGUAAAUAAGAAGCUGAGGGAGAGGUUCUGUCAUAGGCAGAAAGAAGUUUCAGAAGAAAAUCAUAACCAUCACAAUGAGCGCAUGCUCUUUCAUGGGUCACCUUUUAUUAAUGCUAUUAUUCACAAAGGAUUUGAUGAAAGGCAUGCUUACAUUGGAGGAAUGUUUGGAGCUGGCAUUUACUUUGCAGAAAAUUCCUCUAAAAGUAACCAGUAUGUAUACGGAAUUGGUGGAGGUACAGGGUGCCCCACACACAAAGACAGGUCCUGUUACAUCUGCCACAGACAAAUGCUUUUUUGUCGCGUGACACUGGGAAAAUCUUUCUUACAAUUUAGCACCAUGAAAAUGGCCCACGCACCCCCUGGGCAUCACUCAGUCAUUGGCAGGCCAAGUGUAAAUGGACUUGCAUAUGCAGAGUAUGUAAUCUACAGAGGAGAACAGGCUUACCCAGAGUAUCUGAUCACAUACCAAAUUGUAAAGCCAGAUACUCCCUCACAGACAGCAACGGCUGCAGAACAGAAGACCUAGUAAAUGCUGGUUCAGAGAGAGAAAUGAGGUGAACUGAAAUAACUUAUGGACUGGACGGAGGACAUUAGUUUCAAACAGCAGUGUGUGAAAAUUUUGUCACUCUGGAACUAAGCUGUAUGUGUUUUAUAAAGCAUUGCUCUAUAAAUGAAUAUGAGUAACUGAUACAUACUCAAUUGCUACUAUUCCUUUUGAGGAAAUGUUUACAAAGGUUUGCCUUUUACCAACAUAUCUCAGGCGCACUUUCCCUGCAGUUGCCAUGUGUGUAGUGACAUCGUUGCUUCAAUCCAGAUGUUUGGGAACAUUAUUUAACAAGCAGGGCUAUGCCAUGACCCUUUUUUAAGAAAGAAAAAGAAUUUCCAAGGCCCCUUUUAGGUUUUACAGUGCCCGUUGUGGUGAUACUAACCCAUAUCCCAUUCUCAACAUUCAGAACUGCCAUUGUUAUUUUAAAGUCCUUAGUUGGCUAUUUAAAUCCCCCCCUUUAUUAUGAAAAUGAGCCAGGCCCUUCAUGAGUAUAUUUUUGCACAAAGUCAAGUUGACUAAAAUCAAUUAACAAUGCAAUAGGAAUUUCUUACCCAAGAAGGUGUUAGAAGAGAGCUGGUUCUUUGGUCUGGGACUCUUUUUGCACUUUUUACGAACUUUUCUGUAUGUUACUAGCAUAAACAUUUAAGGUAGAGCCUCAUCUUUUGUCCUUGCCGAGUUCCUCCUUGGGAAGAAUUCAUCCUGUUCACGGAGCAGCCUCUUGGCCCGCUCUCUUCCUUCUGGAAAAGUUCCCUGCUUUCUCCUGGCUACAAUACUAGUAGACUGUCCUUGAUAGAAGACUCUGUGAGAGAACUUAGGUAAGGACACAUGUUAUAAAUGUUGGAAAGUAUCUGAUAAAAAGCAAAAGGAACUUGGAAAGCAUGAAAAGGCAAGCAUACCUGCGUUGAAAGGUCUGCCUUGAUGUGUUUUCUGUCUAGAAAGAAUCUAGGAAUAUGUCCAAGUUCAAUCACUUCUUUAUGUUGUCACUUCCCUUCCCUUUAAACUCUUCCACGAUCACAGAAGGAGUAGUACACAAGUGAAUGAAAACCCUGUGUGGUUAUUUGAACUUGAUGUACCCUCUUUCCUCAUACACUCUUCCCCAAAAUGAGGACCAGGAAAGAGAUUUUGACUUACCCCAGAUUUUGUGUACAGUCCCAGAAAGAGAGUCUUUUCUUUCCACAGAGAGGCUGUCAGGGCCUGAGCAUUGUCCAUUCAGCUUGCUUUAAGGCCUCUCACUCUCAGUAGGAAGAAUACAUUUUAUUUUAUAUUGUGCAUGGAUUCAGUCACAUGCUGUAUCAGCACCUAUCUACUGAAUUGGCAUGCAAGCCUAUUUUCUCCAGUGCAGACUGGCAUUUAAAUGCCGAUAUAGAGCAUAGUUUGCAUUAAUCUUGAUCUCAGACGGAUGCUAGUUGCUUUCUCACUCUAAAUUUUGCCCCCAUAAAUCUUGUUUAUUGAAAAGCUUAAUAUUCCCCAGAGAAACAGCUUUUUUACAAUGCAGAAAUUUUAGUUUUAAAAGAGUUGAAAAUUAAGUAGUAUUAGGGAUUUAUGAAUAGUUUAGGUAACAGAGAACGAUUACAAUAUUAGAAACACAACUUUACAAAAACCUAUCAACAGCCAAAGGAUCGCUCAUAUUACAGAUCUUCCAGUCAAGCUUUUUAUUCAUUGAAAGUAAAAAAAGAGAUAGACUUAUUUACAAUUAUUUUGUGAAAUGUACUGGCAUCUGCUUGGAAAUGGGAGCAAAAAAAAGUACCUGGUGACUCCACAAGCACAAAAACCAAACCCAAAUAAAUUUUUUGAAAAAUAUCUUUGCCAAGAAUAAUCAUGUAAAUGUUGACAGUUGUCAAGCUCACAGCUUGACUCAAGCUGGCGAAAUGCUUUCUAAAGUUACUGGAGAGACCAGAUGUGUAACACCUUUUGACAAUUUGUGAAUCUUUUCCUUUGGCUUUUGUUCUUGCCGGCCACUGGUUGGGCUUAAUGGUUUGCAACGCAUAAGGCUUCAGAGUCCAAGGCUGGCCAGGCUAGUUUCUGCAUUAAAUACAUGUCAAAUUUGUGAAGGGAUGGAGGGGUUCAUUGUGAAAAGCAGGUGGAUAUUCAUGUGGAGAUUUCUGUUUUUAACUACAGCUGGGGGACGAUGUGCCCAUUUAUUGCAAAUAAAUGUGAAAGUCUACAUUCUGCCAACUUCAUGUAGAUGUUAAUUGGAACUCGGCUGUCUGUGUCGUUAAGCCAAAUGGUUAACAUGGAUUUUGAAAUUCAGUGUUUCUCUCCAAGGGACGAUUCUGUGGUUGUCUUUUUCCUCCAGUGUGAUAGUUCAACUAAUGAAAUGUUUUAGAUUUCAUGUAGAGUCCUAAACUUCCAGAACCUCAAACUGUGACCCUGAUCUUUUGAACUGCCAGUGUUUUGUAACCAAUGUUUUUUGUGCAGAGUAAAAGGUGCUGUGCGAGGAA